AUACGUAACAAAACUGAGUUUUUUACGAUGAAGUUAUCCGAAAGACACGGGAAUCAGCAGUUAUGAUCAGAAAAUCUCUCCCCAUCGGUCAUCACCCUGCACCACCAACAACCACGCUGCAUUACAUCUCUCCACCGCCGCCGGAGACGACGAUUACUCCUAUACAUUUACCGUACGAUGGAGCCCAAGAAAUUUAUUGUAGAGGUUGAACCGGCGAUAGAAGCCAAAGAUGGUAGGCCGUCAAUGGGACCGGUUUACCGAAGUGUCUUUGCUAAAGACGGUUUUCCACCUCCGAUUGACGGUUUGGACUCUUGUUGGGAUGUUUUCCGCUUGUCCGCCGAGAAAUAUCCUGAUAACAAAAUGCUUGGCACUCGUGAAUUUGUGGAUGGAAAGCAUGGGAAGUAUGAAUGGUUGACUUACAAACAAGUGUAUGACAAAGUGAUACAGGCUGGGAAUUCUAUCCGAGCUUGUGGAGUUGAGCCAGGAGGAAAGUGUGGUAUUUAUGGUGUCAAUUGUGCAGAAUGGAUAAUGAGCAUGGAGGCAUGUAAUGCUCAUGGCUUGUACUGCAUACCAUUAUACGAUACCUUGGGUGCUAAUGCAGUAGAAUUCAUCAUAUGUCAUGCUGAGGUUAAAAUUGCAUUUGUAGAAGAGAAAAAGAUCCCAGAGGUGAUCAAAGCAUUCCCGAAAGCCGGAGAAUACUUGAAAACAAUUGUGAGCUUUGGACAAGUUACUCCUGAACAGAAGGAACAAAUCAAAAACUUUGGUUCGGCAUUACACUCAUGGGAUGAGUUUUUAUCAUUGGGCAAAGACAAAAACUUUGAUCUGCCAGUGAAGAAGAAAACCGACAUCUGUACCAUUAUGUACACAAGUGGAACAACCGGCGAUCCAAAGGGCGUAUUAAUCUCUAAUAACAGCAUUGUUACACUCAUAUCCGGCGUUCGCCAUUUCCUUGACUGUAACAAUGAAUCGUUGACUGCAAAUGAUGUGUAUCUCUCAUUUCUACCUUUGGCACAUAUAUUUGGUCGGGUGAUCGAAGAAUGUUUAAUACAUCAUGGUGGUUCAAUAGGAUUUUGGCGCGGGGAUGUCAAAUUACUAAUUGAAGACAUUGGGGAGCUUAAACCUACUAUUUUCUGUGCUGUUCCUCGGGUUUUAGAAAGAAUUUAUUCAGGUUUGCAAAAGAAGAUUAAUUCUGGGAGUUUUCUGCAAAAUAAAUUGUUUAAUCUAGCAUAUUCAUAUAAGUUGCGUAAUAUGAAGGGUGGGAGUAAACAUGAAGAGGCAUCUGUAUUGAGCGACAAACUUGUUUUCACCAAGGUUAAGCAGGGACUAGGCGGAAGGGUACGCAUUAUCUUAUCUGGAGCGGCCCCACUGGCUCCACAUGUCGAAAGUUUUCUGAAAGUGGUUGCAUGUUGUCAUGUCCUCCAAGGAUAUGGCCUGACUGAAACCUGUGCUGGAUCAUUCGUUUCACUGCCAAACGAAAUGAACAUGGUGGGUACAGUGGGCCCACCAGUCCCAAAUUUGGAUGCUCGUUUGGAAUCUGUUCCCGAAAUGAAUUAUGAUGCUCUUUCAAGUACGCCACGGGGAGAAAUAUGCAUAAGAGGGGAUACUUUAUUCUCAGGGUACUACAAACGCGAGGACCUUACAAAAGAGGUCUUGAUCGAUGGAUGGUUCCAUACAGGUGAUAUUGGUGAGUGGCAACCAGAUGGAAGCAUGAAAGUUAUCGACCGCAAAAAGAAUAUUUUUAAGCUAGCACAAGGAGAAUAUGUAGCAGUUGAAAAUUUGGAGAACGUUUAUGGACUUGUUCCCGCCGUUGAUGAGGUAUGGGUAUACGGUAAUAGUUUUGAGUCAUGUCUUGUUGCUGUUGUAAACCCAAACAAGUCGGCUAUCGAAAAGUGGGCCCGUUCAAGUGAAGUAUCUGGUGAUUUUGAAUCCUUAUGUAACAACCCGAAGGCUAAAGAAUACAUACUAGGAGAGCUAAACCGAAUCGGAAAAGAGAAAAAGUUAAAAGGAUUUGAGAUGAUUAAAGCAGUUGAGCUUGACCCUGUACCUUUUGACAUUGAGCGCGAUCUUCUGACUCCGACAUUGAAAAAGAAAAGGCCACAGAUGCUGAAAUAUUAUCAGAGUAAAAUCGAUGAUAUGUACAAGAAUAUGAACAAGUGAAGCUGGAAGGAACAACUGACGCGGUUGCAAGCUGCAUUGAUAGUAGGUCUGAUCUGCUAUAUUUCAAAAUUAUGUCUGUUAUAAACCAUUAACAAAAUUUAUUAUUAAAUAGAUUAUUAUGUAUUGGAGUUUAAGUUAUGAUGAAACAAUUAAGUUUUAGUGUCUAUAUAUUAUUAUGAGAAGUUGGGAUGUUUGAGUUGG